AUGAAUGACCUAUCUGGUUGUCAUGGCAAGAGAGAGUACUCGUUUGAUGUUUACAAUAAAUGCCUUACGACGAGUCAUCGAUGGACCCACACAGGAGGGAAACCAUAUGCAUGCGAUGUAUGCGACAUGUCAUUCGGUCAAAGAGGCACACUGACGACUCAUCGACGGACCCACACGGGUGAUAAACCAUACAUAUGCAAUGGGGCUUCAAAGAAAGAAAUAUUACGUAUUUCUUAUGAGUGGAGUAAUGGUUUAAUUGAGGCUUCUGGAAAAGAUCGUACCAGCCAACUAUCAAAUCUUCGUACCAAAAUUAAAAAACACUAUGAAUCUGUUCAAGGAUUAAGAGCCUUUACAGAAAAUAAUGAACUGAUACCAGAUCAUUUUGAACCCAUUUUAAAUACAAUCACAUCAUUACCAUGUUCGACAGCUGAGUGCGAAAGAUGUUUUAGCCUUAUGAAUAAUAUUAUUACAAAUUUGAGGGCAUCAGUUUUAAUUUCAGACGUAUCAAUUUUAAUGUUUAUUAAAAGUAACGGACCACCUAUUGAAGAGUUGAACCCAGAAAUAUACGUGAGGUCGUGGCUAAAAAACCAUCGCUCAACUGAUGAUAACCAAACAAGAUUGAGAAGAAAUAAUUUAACCAAAUCGGAAUCCAGACAACAUUUAUGGAAUAUUUUUCAUGUUUAA